AUGAAUACUUCCACUAAGGUAAUUGCUGUCUUUUUAGCUUGUUUAUUAAUCUUAGUAGGGAUUAGUAAUCUUUUGUCAGAUAACGAUCAAGAGCAACAUGUGGCAAAAGUUGGAAAGGAAGUUAUAUCACUGAAUGAAUAUAAGUCUCUAUAUCAAAGCUACAGUAAUGCUACUAGCUCUAGUGAAACACAAAAAAAGUUGAAAUAUGAUUUACUUAAUGCACUCAUAGAACAAAAAUUAUUGCUUAAUCUAACAAAUGAACUCGACUUAGAAGUUGGAGAAGAAUCAAUUAAAGACCAUAUUAAAAAUACAAAAUACUUUCAAAAUGACACAGGUGAAUUUGAUAAAAACAAAUUUAAUGAGAUGUUAAAUAGCUUGCAUAUCACCGAAGAAGAAUAUGUGUUAAAACUAAAAAGAAUCUUACCAGCGAUAAUGUUUAUGACUUCCUUAUUUAAAGAUAGUUAUCCAAUAACUUAUGGUGAGGAAAUUGAUGAACAAAUCUAUAAACAUCGUUAUCAAACUAGAGUAGUAGAUAUUAUAAAAAUAACUAAAGAUGCAGUUACUAGUAUUUCUGAACCUGAUAACCAGACUUUACUUAAUUUCUAUGAGAAGAACAAAUCUAAUUUUUAUUACCCAGAGUAUAGAACUGCACAAUAUAUUUCUAUAGGUCCAAAAUAUUUUGAAGAUCAGGUCAAAAUUUCAGCUGAAGAAGUUGACAAUGUAAUUGAACAACGAGCUCUAAAAGAUCAACGAGAUGUACUUAAUUUAGUGUUUUCCACUAAAGAAAAAGCUGAAAAGGCAAAAAAAAUGUUGAUAGAAGACAAAAGAAAUUUUGAACAAGUGGCAUUAGAAUUUGGUAAAACAGGUUUUGCAGAUAUUAGAAUCAAUAAUAUAACUAAGGACUUUCUGCCUCAAAAUAUGCAAGAUAUAAUCUUUGCUCUCAAGGAAGGAGAGAUUAGCGACAUUUUAGAAAGUAGCUUUGGUUGGCAUAUAAUUAAAAUAGAAAGUGUACAUCAAAUUUCGUAUGAAAAUUUAGUAAAACUAAAAGUAGAUAUUAAGUCAGUUUUAGCUAAUCAAAAAUCGUUUGAAAAGGUGA